AUGUCUAUGACUCGGCCUCUCGUUACGCAGCUUCGGCCACUGCAUACUCACCAGCAAUCGACGGAGGCAUCUCAGCCAAUCAGCUGGACCAGCUCUGUUGAGCCAAGACCUGAUGAAGAAACCGCCAUCAACGCAUUUGUGAAGCUUGUAUCUCAUCUGGUCGUUCUCGAUGAAGGAGAGAACUUUUGUAUUCAAGAUACUAAGCGAGGUGGUUUCAUCUUGGCUCAGUAUUCGAGUACUGAGAGGCAUGAGCUUGAUAGCUUCCGCUUUGUUAAACCUGAGACUCAUCAAGAUAUUCCAUCUGAUUUCUCUAUCGGUGAAGGCAAGAUCCUUCAGCUUCAUUUUAAAGAAAACCAAGUGCAACUCAAGACGGAUGCCAGUAUCAUCCCCGAGGCUGCUCUGAGGUCUCUUGGUUGCAUGCUAGACGAGAUUCUUACUGGAUCUGAAUGGACCCAGCCUUCUGUCCUCAACUUCCCCCCACGAUCUGAGCCCCUCUCCCUCACUCAUGAAGACGAGACUUUGACCGAUGAUGUUGCGAAGUGCUCACUUCUUCAUCACCAAUUCGAGAGGCGCGUGUCUGAGAGUCCUGACAGAAUCGCUAUUGACUACCUGACGGACCUCGAAAGUGGCAAGCGCGUGAUCUUUACAUAUCGUCAGAUCGCAAACGCAGCGACAGCGCUGGCAGGCAAGAUCGCGAAGGCCUGCGAGGAGUCAACGCAGCCUCUCAAAACAGUCGCAGUGCUCAUUGGCCCAUGUCCAGAACUCUACAUCUCCUAUCUAGCAGCUCUAAAGGCGGGAGUAGCCUUCUGUCCCAUCGCCGUGGACGCACCCAGAGAGAGAAAGGACGGUUUGAUGGCAGAUUUGAAGCCAUCUGCCUUGCUUACAACAACGUCUCUAUGGGAAUCACAGUCGUCAUCUUUCCUCGGCUCCCCCUCAAAGACUAUCGACGUGACUCCCUUCGUGCAGGCUUGCGAUGCUGAACCAAAGGAACAGGCAGCAUUAGCACCAAUGAGUGCGAACAACUUGGCAUACAUCCUGUACACAUCAGGAACAACUGGACUGCCCAAAGGUGUGGCUGUCAGCCAUCUCUCAGCCUCAUGUACCAUCUCUGCCCUGAGCGCCCACUACGGUUUUCCCCAAGCAUCUCCUACAUCCAAGCCUGUCAGGUGGUUCCAAGGCGCUGCACCGACCUUUGACAUCUCGCUAUUCGAGAUCUUUUGGACUCUUAGUACGGGCUCAGCGCUCUGCUGUGCGCCUCGAGAAUUCACUCUGCAAAACAUCGACAAGGUUGUCACUACCUUGGAGGCUGAUAUCACCAAUAUCACGCCGAGUUUCGCUAGCUUACUUGAUCCCUCUUCUAUCAGUGGACUCAUGGUCGGUGGUGAGACCUUGAAUGCUCGGCUUCUCCAGAACUUUGCUCCCUACAACUCAACCGCGACGGAGGAAACUAACCAAGUGCCGAAGGGCAUUUACAACGGAUACGGACCUACCGAGACGGCUAUCUACUGUAUUGCACAGCCCCAUGUGCCUGAAGGCCAGCGCGGAUCCGUUAUCGGAACACCCUUAGCAACUUGCUCUGUUCUUAUCGUUCGGGGCCAGACAAGUCCUCAAGCUAGCGAAAGCUUGAAGCCCCUCCCCAUGGGCGCAGUGGGAGAACUUGUCAUCACCGGACCUCAAGUUAGCAGAGUGGGCUACCUGAACCGGCCAGAUGAAACAGCCGCGGCAUUCCGAGAUGACCCUCGAUGGGGCCGCAUCUACAUGACUGGUGAUAGGGCCCGAAUUGUCUGGGACAAGACCGGUUCUCCCAUGGUGGAGUUUUUGGGCAGACUCUCUGAUGACCAAGUCAAGCUCAGUGGACGGCGUGUUGAGUUGGGUGAGAUUGAGAGUGUUCUCGCCAGUAAGGUCCCUGCUAUCAGAGAGACUCUCUCUUGCGUAUGGAAGCAGGCUGCAGAAGCGGGUUCAGAGAAGGUCGUGAGUCUGGUGGUUGUUGAUCCAAGUGAGGACUUCGAGGCUGUACGCCAGGCAUGCUUGGAGGCGUCUCAGCAUCAUCUACCUGACUACAUGAGACCUUUCAAGAUUCUGAGAGUCGAUGCGCUUCCGAGAUCUGCUUCUGGCAAGGCAGAUCGUAAGGCAGCUUUGGCGUUGGUCAAUGAGAUGCUGAAGACCGAGCUUGAUGACCGAGGACCUACCAACCGCGGUAUGGCCGAGAGCAUUGAGCCCCUCGAAGAUCCUGGUGAUGCAGAGCUUGAGCAGGAGCUCAUCUCAAUCGCGAGUAAUGUCCUCAGCGACUCGCCUACUUCAGGUCCAUCCAUCACUGCAAAGACAGUCCUUGCCGAAGCAGGUAUUGACAGUCUUCGUGCGAUGAGAAUCUUGCGAGACAUCAGGAAGCGCUGGCCAGGUUCCGAAGACCCUCGACUUGAGCCGUCACUGGCACUUCUCCUCGACAGCAGCGCGACCAUCCGUUCCGUUUUCUUCCCCAGCAGUCAAGACGCCGAUGCCUCAACCACCAAAGCUGGCAAGCAAGCCAGGACAAAGGCUCAACUUGAGACAUUCUCCACGAAGCACACAUCGGAGGUUCUGGACAAACUUAGCCUUUCUGGGCCAGACAUUGAGAUGAUUCUGCCUGCAACUAGCACCCAGAGUCAGCUGGCGGUGAGCUUUGCCAUGGGCAAGCGCAACUACAUCAGCCAUACCACGCUCAGACUCAAGCCUGAUGUCUCAGUACAAACCCUCAAGGAUGCCGUCGAGAUGACGAUGUUGAGACAGGCCAUCUAUCGAACGGCAAUGCUCCCCUGCGACGACGACCUUUCCCCGUUCCUCCAAGUGGUUUUGACGCAAGACGCAUGGCAGAGACUAAGUGGUAACUCUGGUCGGAUUACGCACAGGAAAGCCAGCCCUAAUAGUAUCUCUGGUGACGCGCAAGCCUGGUUGGAUCUUGCGGAGGAGGAACUCAGCCUAGAGUCGCAUAGACUGUACCAAGUACAGAUCAUUGAUCCCGAAGAGGAUGACAGUGGCGGUCUAUUGAUCAUCAGCACUGCUCACUGCGUCUGCGACGGACCUUCACUUGAAGUGCUUAUGGCAGACAUUACCCGUCAAUACUGUGGUCUUCAGCCACUUCCACGUCGAGGGAUCUACGACGCUGUUUUCGAUUGGGCAUUCAAUGUCAACACAGAGACAGAUCAAUUGUGGCAGAAGGCUCUUGAAGGAUGGGAGACUGAGCCGCUUGGGGCCAUCAGCGGUAACAACGUCAGGCCAACUUCAACCAGGACUCGUCAACAUGCUAUGGUACAACACACCAGCCCGAUACCUUGGGAGCUUCUUGGGAGUAAGAGCAGGUCACUGGGAGGCUCUCCACUCACAAUACUCCAAGCGUCUUGGGCCAUGCUUCUACACAUCCUUUCCGAGGCAGAUACAGAUGACGUGACAUUUGGCAGCGUUCUUUCAGGUCACGAUCAAUUCGUCCACGGCCCAACAUUUUCUGUUGUACCUUGUCGAGUUGCCUUACCUGAAGCGCAGACUCUGAAGAAGCUCGUCAACAGCUUGAUGGACCACUCCAGAUUUGCCCAGAGUCACAGGCACACAUCCUUUGGUGUCUUCAAGACACUCCCCUACAACACUGCACUCGCCUUGCAAGCAUAUCCCCAACCUGGAGAUGAUGGAUCAGACAAAGCACCCUUACUCUGGACUGAGAUCUCGAACCCUGCUAUACGUUACGACUUUGCCAUGUUUGCUGAAGUCUUCCCCACGAACCCGAACUCGCCUGAUAGGAAUGGGAGAUUUGACGAUGUCGUCUUCAAGUUGACAUAUCGCAACGAGACAUUCUCAGAAACUUCCGCAACAUGCAUCGUGAAGCAGUUUGCUGCACUCACCGAGACUAUUUUGAAGUCACUGCCUGAUGAUCUGGUACAGAGUCUGCCGGCGCGCAUUGACAGAAGCCUAUUGUCUGCUGAGGGGGCGAUCCCAGUUGUGGAAGAAGGUUUGGAUGAGGCAGCCAGAGAGGCUCGCGACAGAGCUCAGCUUCUGCAUGCUCAGUUCGAGGAUCAAGCUGCAUCAACGCCAGAUCUUCUUGCACUCAGCUUCUACUCAUCACUCGACUCUGCGCCCGUUGAGAUGAGCUACACAGAGCUUGAUGCUAGAGCUAACGGUCUGGCGAACAUAUUACGCGAGCAAGACAUUGACAUCAUUCCAAUUUGUAUGGAACGCAGUGUCGAGCUAUACGUAGCUGUCCUGGCUAUUCUGAAGGCUGGAUCUGCGUGGUGUCCUAUUGACACAACGUCCCCAGUUCAACGUCGAACGUCUCUCAUCGCUCGAGCGCAGAGUAAGGUGCUUCUCACAACAACCGAGUCUCUUCCUCUCGUAGAGCCUUGCCUUGCUCAAGACGCCCUGAAGGAUGUACAAGUCAUUCUGGUGGACAAGUACAAUGAUCACAGUACAUCGGUCCGAGCGAAACCACGCAACAGUGUCUCCAAGAUCACAGGACAGGACUUGGCAUAUCUUCUGUGGACUUCCGGAACAACAGGUGAGCCCAAAGGUGUCAUGAUUCAGCACAGCGCUGCUGCCCAAGCGAUGCGCGACCUGCAAGUCCUCGUUGAGCACGACGAUCGUGAGCAGGUUCGAACCUUGCAACUCUCUGCCUACAGCUUCGAUGUCUUCGUGCAAGACCUGUUCUAUACUUGGGGCCUGGCUGGAAGUGUCAUCAGCGGCACACGAGAGCUGGUCUUGGGCACGUUCACCGAGUUCAUCUGGAAGUCUCGUCCGACCCACGCUCAUCUGACACCUUCAUUCGGAGCCAGUAUUGCAGUACAGGAACUAAAGGGUUCAACUCUUCAGUACGUGACGUUUAUUGGCGAGAAGCUGACGGAAGACGUCGCUGAGGCCUGGGCGCAUCCCGACAUCACGACUCGUGCAUACAACACGUACGGCCCAGCUGAGAACGCCGUCGUCUCUACGAUGCGACAGUUCUUUGGCAAGAGUCGAGACAAUGCUAAGGCUGCUAACGUUGGCUUUCCAUUGGAUCACUGCACGGCCUACGCUGUUCGCGAGGUUGAGACCUCACAGGGUACCAAGCGAUGGGAGCUUGUUCCUCGGUACGGAGUUGGUGAGCUUGCUCUGGGCGGUGCACAAGUCGGCAAAGGAUAUCUUGCAAAUGAGGCCAAGACUACCAAGGCUUUCAUCCAGGGUGGUCCGGGCAUUGACGAGCGUAUCUAUCUCACUGGAGAUCUUGUACGAUUGAACGAUCACGGCUUCGAGUUUCUCGGCCGGAACGACGAUCUCGUCAAGAUUACGGGCAUCCGCAUUGAGCUCAGUGAAAUCAGCGCAGCGUGUGCAAGUCUGAAGGAUGAAGACGCUGCGGUUGAACAUGUCGAGACAUUGUAUCUUCAGCGUCCAGGCGCACCCGCGAUUAACAACAACAAAGUCGUUGUCACCUUUGUCUCUGUCAAGGCUAGCAACGUCGACACUUCUGAGAUCAGAUCCCAGGUGUUCAAGCGGGCCAAAGAUCUCUUACCUGCUUACAUGGUGCCUGGCCACGUUGUUGUUCUGGAUACAACCAUGCCGAGAACUGCCUCUAACAAGGUCGAUCGUAAGGCGCUGCAGGCUAUCUACGCCGAGUCAGAUCUCAACGUAUUGGCUGGGAGAGAUGACUCGACACAAGCGCAAGGGCAUAGCAGUCAGGCUAAGCAGCAGUGGACAAAGUAUCAGCUACCUAUUCUCCAGACAAUCGCCGGACAUUUCAACAUCCCAACAGAGAACCUCUCUCCGGAUGACAGUUUGGCAGGUCUCGGUCUCAGCUCACUGCAAGUUACCAAGCUUGCUUGGUUGCUAAGACGAGAGCUCAAGUGUCAAGUUGGAGUUCUGGAUCUCAUGAGGUGUGAGUCUCUUGGAGAACUUGUCGAUGUCACGCUCAGCCGAAUGCCAAAGGUGGCUGAGGGAGACCAGUCUACCCAAUCAGGAGAGACAGAAACAUCAUGGCUUGCGUCAAUCAAGAAGGCGCUUACUGACAACAUCAAUGGGGAUAUGCGUCCGUCUGAUACUCUGUACAUCCUCCCCGCAACACCCAUGCAGGAGUCCCUCAUCGUUGAGACCAUGCUCGAGCCACAAGCCUACUGGGCUCAUCGUAUCUUCUAUCUCGGCCACUUAGACGAUAUCGACGAACGUCAAUUGAAGAGAGCUUGGACUGCCGCAGCCAAGCGCUUCGACAUCCUCCGAACUGUCUUUGUCCCCUUGACGCAGCUAGACGUGGUUGGCAGCGACAACACAGUUUCUUGGGCUCGUGAGAAGGGUGUUCACUCUACGAUCCUACAGUUGAUUCGCGAGAAGCCGAGCUUGCACUGGUAUCAGAUUCGCUCUGAGGAGAACCAGGGCCUUGGUGAACUGGCUAAGAAGCUGCAGCUUGAGUUGUCUCCAACCACCACCAUUGAGACGCCAUGGGCUGUUACCUUUGUCGAAGACACCAAGAAGAUGAUGCUCAGUAUGCAUCAUGCCCUCUACGACGCCGUAGCUUCCGAUAUCUUCUUGGAGACUGUCACAAGCUUGUAUCACAUGGAGUCUGUCGGAGAUGUUAACCGAGUUGUGCAGUUUGAGACUGGCCUGAGCCUAGGGUUGUUGCCGACCCCAUCUAAGAGAGAUGAAGCAGCUGCGCUAUGGAGUCGGCGGCUGGACAAGAUCAGCAGAACGGCCAGUGGAGGCAUGUUGAAUGCACCUUUCCCUGAUCUCAAACAGUCUCGACGGAAACAAGCUCAGAAGAUUCUCAUGUCAAGGAAAGACAUUCCCGCUCCAUUCAUCCAGUUCACUUCAGGAGUAACACUUCCAACACUGCUCCAAUCCGCCUUUGGCUGCGUUCUCGCCUCAUACCUCGAACUCGAUGCCGUCGUCCUCGGUCACACCGUCUCUCAAAGAGUCCUCCACCCAGAUCUCGCACGUGUUGUUGGUCCCGCGAUAGCAACACUACCUCUCAUUGUCCGCUCCAAUGCUGCUUCGUCUGAGGAACUCUGGAAGGAGAUGGCCUCCGAGUCAGCACAGAUGUUCCAGAGCACACACAACCUUCACCCUGUGGAUGUCAAGAAGAUGCUCAAUCGAGGAAGUGGUAGUAGCAACGCUCCAUUCCCGGGUCUUUUUGUCUACCACCCUGCGCCAGAUGACAACCAAGCUGAAGCAAAUCAGUCCAUGUUCAAGGAGGCGGGACAGGCGUUGUCGCUCAACGUUGAACAUCCCCUUGCGCUGAACAUCUUUGAGGCGAAUGGAACGAUUGAGCUCACUGGAGAUGGACGUCGCAUUUCUCAGGCUCAGUUGGACCUUUUGCUGGACCAGAUCCUUGCCCAAGCGCAAGCUAUGACCGAGGCUCCGAAAGCACCUUUGACAGAGCUACAGAACAGAAUGGGCAAGAGUCUUCUGUCCAUCAGUGGUGAAGCAUCCAGUGAAGAGACCGAAGCUGUCAAUCCGACUAAGCACGUUUCAUUCCACGCAUCAGAGCAUCCAGAUUGGAUCGCCGUCGAGGAAGUCAUGUUCCAAUCCUCAGAUGACGAUGAGGAGAUUACCUCAAAGACCAUCACGUAUGCCCAGCUCGACAAGCUCACCAACGCCAUCGCUACGAAAUUGACCAAGCAUGAGGCUCGUCUAAAGCCUGAUGAUCCCGUAGCUAUGUGCCUUGGUAGAGAUAUCAAGUCCUUGGCAGUCACUCUGGCCAUUUUCCGCGCCGGAUUAGUGUAUCUUCCUGUUGACGAGGACCUACCACCAGCUCGUAAACAGCUCCUCAUUCGAGAUGCGGGUGCCAGACUUGUCAUCACAACCGAUGAGCUUGUCGGUGACUUGGGACUGGACGAUGCCCAUGAUCCCCCACUGUUGCUGCUCCCCGACAUGGACGAUGACAUCGACACCAUCUUGACAUGGCCUGUAUGUGAGAUCCCAUCAGCAACCGGCAUUGGCGGUUAUCUUCUCUACACCUCCGGAUCUACUGGUCGUCCCAAAGGUGUUCGGGUGUCCAACAGCAACCUCUGUCACUUCAUCUCUGCAUUCAGCACCCGAUUGAUUGAACACUCGCCUGCUACUUCAAGACUCGGUGGUACUGGGAAGUAUCUCAACUUGACUUCCCGCGCCUUCGAUCCUCACCUGACGCAACUGUUCGUGCCCUGGCACCUUGGUCAUCGGGUAGUUAUCGGCAAGGACCGCGCAACCAUGAUGGCCAAUCUGAAGGAGCUGAUCAACGAGCUGAAUAUCACACACUUUGGAUCUGUUCCCUCGGUGCUGAGCCAAUUGAGGCUUCGACCUGAAGAUGUUCCGUCUGUGAGAGUAGUCACUACUGGUGGGGAGAAGGCCUCGAACGAGCUUCUGAACACCUGGGCCCAGACACAAGACUCGGGCGCCACAGACGACCGGGCUGUUCUCUUCAACUUCUACGGCCCUACAGAAGUCACCAUCGGGUGUUUAGGCCAUGCUGUGCAUCAAGAUUCUAAUGCUCGCAAUCUCGGUCUUCCUUUGCAAGGUCUCGAGGCUCUACUACUGUGUCCUAACACCGAUGAUGACAGACUUGUCAUUGCUAGAAGAGGCCAGCCAGGUGAACUCUGCAUCGCUGGUCCUCAAGUGGCAAUGGGCUAUCUCAACCGUCCUGUCGAACAAGCCACGAGUUUUCAGACUAUUUCCCUCCCCGACGGCACCAGGAAGAGAGUCUACCGAACAGGCGAUAUGAUGAGGAUGAUGAACGACGGCUCGCUCGAGUUCCUUGGUAGAGCCGAUCAGCAAACCAAGAUUCGCGGACAGCGACUUGAGCUAGAUGAGGUCGUUGGGUUCCUGAAGCAAGUUGCCGCUGACAAGGGUGACUUUGACUUUGCAGCUACGGUUGCUUCCACCGGAGAUGAUAGCUCGAAUCAACAACAACAGCUGCUUGGCUUCAUCGCUAGGAAGACAAGUAGUCCCAAGAGUCAGGCUGAACUGGAGGUUGAGCUACUUGAGGCCCAAGAUGAGGAGUCGGCCUCAAUGCUCGAGAUGAUCGAGCACGAGUGUCAGGAUACACUCCCUGCCUUCAUGGUACCUACCAUUGUCUGGGUUUCCAAGAUCCCAUACCUUGCCGCCUCUGGCAAGGUCGAUACAAAGAUCUUGGGCCGUUUGGCAAAGGAAUUUGUAGCCACUCAGCGAGAUCACGACGGGGAUGACAAUAAUUCUGGAGGCCUGCUUGGAUCUGGGAACAGCUUGAGCGCGAAGGAGUCGAUUGUGGUUGCGGCUAUUGAAGAGGCUGUCGGUGGUAGUGUCAAGGCAUAUAGUACCAGCAGCAUCCAACGUCUUGGUAUCGACAGUCUUUCGGCGGUGAAUUUAGUCUCUCUUUUGAGAAAACGCGGGUUUUCUCAGUUGAGGAUGACACAUCUGCUCUCUUCAUCGUGCACAGUUGCAGAUAUUGCAAGACUUGCCGAUGAACAAGAGAGUGGCAGCCCGACUAACAGCACACCUCUGUCAACACCUCCAUCCACAGACGAUCUACACACCCCGACUUUCAGCGCAUCAGAUCUCGGUCCCCUUCCAGAAGGUCUUGACUUAUCCAACAUCGAGGCUGUUCUUCCUUGUCUUCCUCUCCAGUCUGCUCUCAUCGCGCGCUCUCUCGUUUGGCUCAGUGCCUCCAAUGAAAGAGAGAACGUCGAGGGGCAUGACGUUCCAUACGUGGCACAGUUCAGCUACCGCCUCAGUCACGGCACAGACAUCAACAGAUGGAAGAAGACCGCUGAAGAAGUCAUCGCCUCGGAAGCGAUGCUCCGAACUUGCUUCCUUCAACGCGAAGAUGACGGCCAGAUCUUCCAGAUCGUUCUUCGGUCGCUGCCAUCUUCUCCUCUUGAUGAUCAUGAGCAUCCAGCGGAUAUUGUGUCUCAGAUGAAUACGCGACCUCCCAUCAGACUACAGCUUUCCGAAAUCGACGGAGACGAGACCAUCGUGGCACUCAACAUCCACCACGCAUUGUUCGACGGUGUUGCUAUCGAGUCCCUCAAAAGCAAGCUUGAAGCGGCCUACAGCAGCCAGACGUCGGUAAUUGCUGCACCAAGUAGCUUAGCAACCUUGUCCUCCAUCUCGAAUCACUGCAGCCUAUCGGAUGAGCAGCUUGACGCUACAAGACGGUCGUGGCAACAACAACUGCAGGGCGUUCAACCAUGCCGACUUGGAGCUAUUGAUGAUAACAACACCAGUGGUACCAUGGCUCGUCAGACUCUUUGUUUUGCGUACACUACUUCCGAACUCAACGCCAGACUCAAAGCUCACUCUCUGGGGCCUGAGGGAACGGUAUCAGCAUCUUCCGCAUUCCAGCUGGCUGUCACUUUGUGCCUCGCCCAACUCACAAAGCAGCCAUCCAUUGUCUAUGGCUUCAUCAUGUCACUUCGGCCAUUGCUAGAUGGCGUUGCUAAUGAUGUUGACAACUUUGUUGGCCCAUGCCUCAACACUCUCAUUCGAGCCUCUACCAUCAACAGCCUCGAUGAGACUCUGCCCCAACUGGCUCAACGAGUUCACAAGUCUCACCUUGAUGUUUGCCAAGGUCCCAUGCCACUCGUCAGCGUUGACAAAGUACAGCGCUGGUCGGGAUCAGAGGACAAGCUCUUCGACAGUCUCUUGAGUAUCAACCUGGUGUCUGCCAACGAACCUAGUGACGCCAAACCAGGACAGAUGACCGCCUUACCUACUCGUAGCAGUAGUGACAUGGCUUUGGCGUUUGACGUGGAUCUCCAUGCUGAUGGAAAGAUCAUGCUGACACUUUCUUCUGCUGGAGCAUUGAACGUAGAGCAGCUCAAGGGUGUUGGCCAACUUUUUGAGAAGGUUGUGUACAGCUGCGCUGACAAGACUGUCAAAGUGUCGGAUGUUGUUACUUCACCUCUCACUGCAAAGGCCGUCCCAGCCCAAGACUCUAAUGGCCCUCGAAGCGACAACAUUUCAACAGCUACACCAAGUUACAGUCUGGCACUAUCUGAUGUUCAAGCUGCCCUCAGUCGCUUCGUCCAACUCAAUCCUUCUGAUCUGUCAUCAAAGGCUGACUCAACAUCUCUGUACCAGCUUGGUCUUGAUUCCAUCACCGUUCUCCCAUUCGUCAAGUCAAUGAACAAGUUACACAAGACCAAGCUGUCUUCACAUGCCGUGAUCAAAGCACGAACCAUCAAAGGCGUCGCUCAGCUUCUGCAAGAUGCAAAGGCAAAAUCUGCCUCAGUUGACACUGUCAAGUCGCAAUCCAGCAGCGAGCGUGUCAGCAGUAAGUUGAAUGACACUGAGGUCUAUGACAGAAGCCUUGAGCGUCUUGCCAAGAGUCUGAUGUUCAUCGCAACGCCACUCCAAGAAGGCAUGCUCAGCGCUUCUCUGGCUACCGAUGGCGAUGCAUACACUUAUGUCCAUACCAUCCAAAUUUCUGACUAUGCUCUUGCGAAUGAUACACCUAGUCUUGACAUGUUCUUUGCUGCUGUCAAGGACACUGUUCGAGCAUGUGAGAUCCUUAGGACCCGAUUCAUUUUCACUGAUGAUGAUGAGUCGCCGUGGGUUGGUAUCGUAUCUCCCACUGAGCAGAGUGACCGGGUUAGCUGGGAGGUUCAACCAACAGUGCCUGGUCGAGUUCACUUGCGAAUCCAUCAUGCCCUCUAUGAUGCAACAUCUAUCCAGUCAGUCUGGAGUAUUCUCCAAGAGUACUACCGUCGACGCCUCAGCAAUGACCCCACUGAUGGUGAUGGUGUUGACGAGCCGAAGCAUCUUUACAGGCCGUUUGCAAGGACUGUCGCCUCUUCACAGCGGGCCUCAAUUGCCUAUUGGACAGAUUCCGUUCGCGACUACACGUACACACCCCUCGACUUCCCCAGCGAUGAUCUCAAAGCAUCAUCUGCUGUGCAUUUCAGCUUGGACACGAGCAAACUUUCGCUGCUCCAGUCUAAAUGCCAAGAUGUCGGCGUGACCAUCAAAGCAGCACUUCAAUUAUCCUGGAUCAAGGUCUUGUGCGAGUCCCUUUACAGACAAGCUGACGUUGUUUAUGGAGAGGUUGUUUCGACGGAUGCUGAUGAUGAUGUUGCCAUCGUUGGCCCCGUCAUCAACACCUUGCCCAUGAGAGUACAACUUGGUGAUCCCGACGGCUGCAUCAGUGUCUCGCAGGCCUUAGCACUUGUGCAGAAGCAGAUUGACAGUGCAAGAGGCACCAAUUCAAUGGCUUCACUGAGGAAGAUCCAGACGCUCUGGAGAUCAGGGCAUGAUAAGGCAGAUGCACCAGCAGCUCUUUUCCAGAGUCUGUUCGUGUUUGACGGCGUUCUUGGGUCUUCAAACGCCAGCGAUGACUCGAAGAAGCUGUUCAAGUCCGUGCAGGCUGAAGCUAGUGACGCGACUGGGCCAGCCUAUGAUGACUACCCUCUAAUCGUGAGCUUCCAUAUCAGGGACAAUGUCCUCAAUGGUAAGCUGAGGGCCAAGUUGCCCCAGGGGCGGGUUGAUUCACUGGGCAAGAGCCUGAAUGCAGCCUUGGACCACGUUCUUCAUGAACGAGACGUGCCUAUCGUUGACACCAAGUCCCUCAACGCAGUCAGCAACACGCCACCUCAAGAGUCAAAGAUCGAUGCAACGGAGCCUGAUAUGAAUGGCUCGACUCCAACAGCCGAUGCAGCAUUGAAGCUUGUCGAGACGGUUGUCGGUACAAGGCGAGGUGGGAAGAAGAUUGGUUACAGCACGAGACUCAUCAGUGUUGGCCUGGACUCGAUAUUGGCCAUUCGACUAUCAAAGCUUCUGAAACAGCAACUUGGACUUAGUGUCAGUGUCUUUGAGAUCAUGAAGGGUGCCAGCGUUCGCGACAUCAUCACCCGCCCAGCAUCUUCGCGCAAACCAAUAAGAAAUGGCGCCCGGCAACAACCGGAGCCUCUUCAAGAAGGCUUCAAGUCGGCGAUAGCUAAGACCCUUGGACAUCCGGAACAUCUUAUCAAGUCUAUCGUCCCUGCUUUACACGGUCAGCGCUCCCACCUUGAGCUUUGGUUGCACAAUGGGAAGAGAUUCUUUGAAGCCCCGUGGGUUUACAGACUGCCCGAGGCUUUCGAACAGGAACAGCUGGCGACCUGUUGGUCUGAGCUUGUCAAAGCCCACGAUAUCCUCCGAACUACCUUUGCAACUGGAACGACCUCCGCGGAGCUGUACCAAGUCACCCUGUCAGAGGACUGGUCAGCCGCAUCGCGCUUCAUAGCGCUGCAAGACUCAUCCAAGAUUGUGGAGGAGUUGAUCGCGGGCCAUGUGAGUCAGGAAAAUGCCAAGGCAUCUGACCUGAAGGAGCCUCCAAUCCACUUCUCUUUCUUGGAAGCUGCAGACGGUAAAGCGGUUGUCUUGAGACUCCAUCAUGCACUUUAUGACGCAUGGAGUAUCAAGACGAUCGAGCAGAACCUCAACGAUCUUCUCGGCGGGGGCAAGAUCCUACAGCCGCGUCAAUCACUGGAGCAAGUUGUCCAGAGUAUCAGAGCAAUCAGACAACCUGGCGCCGAGGAAGCAUACUGGAGGCGACAUCUUUCCGGUGCUCAAGAGACAGUAUUGGGUUAUAGCGCUCAGCAUACUGUUCCAUCAGCGCAUGGCCCUCAGUUCAAGACGAGCUCCAACACCACCACUCAGAAUAGCAUCAGGUCGCUGUUGCAGAAGAGUAGCUCAGAGGUCUCUGGAGCUCUCAUUCUGUCCUACGCAAGGACCCUCCAGCACUUCACCCAGCGAACCAAGCCUACUUUUGGUCUCAACCAUGCUUCUCGAUCUCUUUCAUCACCUGAUGGGACGCAGACCCUAGAUCUGACUGCUGCGAGCAUCCCAACUCUUUCUGUAACGCCAUUCUCUAUUGACUUGGAGUCGUCGACAGAACAGCUACUCAGCUUCAUCCAGGACCAUCUCGCGCAGCUCAAUUGCUUCAGUCAGGCAGAUGGUGUUCGGAAGCUGGGUCCCAAGUUCAAUUCGCACUUGAACAUCAUCCACCGACGCGAUCAUGUGCCUUCUCAGAACGGGGAUUCCACAGACAGGCCGAAGGCUUUGCAGAGGUAUAGGCUCCCUGAGCCACUCGCUGCUGACUACUUCACAGCUACAGAGCCGUCAUCUACGGUCUCUGCCAUUGACGGUCUUGGCAUUACUCAUCUGCCUGAUUACCAUUUCUUCUUCAAUGUUAUUGUUAGCGAAAGUGGUGAUGUCACUGUGUCUGCGAGUGGCGAUAAAUCACUGUUUGACGGAGAAUUUACCGAGGUUGCUGAUUUGGUGGAUCAUUUUCUUACUGAGCUUUCCAAAGUCUCAGCACGAGAGGGUUGA